AUUAAAUUGUGGGCAACAGGGCGCCGAAAGAGUAUCGGUACUACACGUCAAGUUGACCGAGACGGCGCUGAGAGCGAUAGAAAACUACCAAAGUAGUUCGAAUGUACCAUCUUCAAGGCCAACAGUACAAUUCAAGGGACUUCAAGGGGACUGACUCCUCGGACUCCUUCCACAACUUUGAUUUCUACCUGUCUAACGUGGGUAAGGACAACCCUCAGGGAAGCUUUGAGUGCAUCCACCAGUAUGUGUCCAGCUCAGGGGCCUCACACCUGGCAUUGUUGGCGACCGUUCAGGACAAGGUCACAGUCUGCGCCACCAAUGACUCCUACCAGGUGACCCGGGAACGUAUGACCCAGGCCGUGGAGGACACGCGUGAACGGGGGACCAAAGUCAUCAAGCCUGGGGGACAAUACCGAGGAAAGCAGGUGCACACUCGUAAGCCAGCAUUGUCGGCCCCAGAUGUAGUCCCAGAGCGCAAACGCUCCACGCCUAUCAACCCAGCCAACACUAUACGCAAGUGCCUUUCCAACAACCCCGUAUCUCAGAGGCCCCUCCGGGACCGCAUCAUCCACCUGCUGGCGCUCAAGUCCUACAAGAAGCUGGAAGUGCUGGGCCGUCUGCAGCGGGACGGUAUCAACCAGAAGGACCGAAACUCACUGGGGACCACCUUGCAACAAGUGGCAAACCUGAAUCCCAAAGAUAACACUUACUCGCUGAAGGAGUCUAUAUAUCGCGACGUGCAGCGAGAUUGGCCUGGCUAUUCUGAGGAUGAGAAGAUCCAAGCUGACCGGAUUCUAGCCCGCAAAUUGGGUCUCCCUACUGAGAGAGUCUCAUCCAACAGUUUGCCUAAAGACGGUUUCCCUUCAUCCCCACAGAAGCACCAGGCAGACUUUGACUUCAUCGACCCUCUGGCUCCCAAGAAAGCCCGCAUCUCUCACCUUAACAGCCGAGGGCCCACAGCCUCGUCCUCCGACCGCCGCGAGGACGAGAGCAGCCCCCGCUCCAAACACUCGUCCCUGCCCCCCAGCGUGACCUCAGGGCCUCCCACCCACCUCCCCAUACCUUCCCACCCCCCGGCGCCGUCGCAUCAGCAGCUCAGCCCAGCUUCCAACUUCAACUCCCCCAGCACCCCGGAAGGCUGCGGCACUCAGGACCUGCCCAUGGACCAGAGCUCUUCCUGCAGAGACCCCUCGCCGAGCCCCUUGUCCCGCUCCCUGCAGGAACGCUGUCAGCACCCGGCCCCCAGAGCAGCCGCCUCUCCCAGCCCGCCCCCCUGCACCUCUCUCACAGUUGCCUCCACUGUAGUCACCAGCCCUCCUUUGUCUAGCAGUACAAGUAAGAAAUCCAAGAAGAAAUCCAAGAAGCACAAAGACAAGGACCGUGAGAGGAUCAAAGGGAAACAAACGGAAAGAGCCUCCAGCAGCAGUCCUCCUGAUGCGGUGGCAGAGGAGAGUCACACGGUGAGAAAGAGGCGCAGCGCUGAGGAAGACAUCGAGGAAGCUGUUGAGAAAAAUCCUUACAAAGAUCAAGUCAAAGAGAAGCCAGUCCAGUCCUCUGAAUCUUCUUCCAAAACUGAUGUGCCCGACUAUGUAGUGAAGUACGCCCCGCUGGCGUCUCUCGACCAGAGACAAAGCUACAAGGACGACUUCAACGCAGAAUACGACGAGUACCGUCAGCUGCACGCCCGCGUGGAGAGCAUCACCAGGCGCUUCACUCAGCUCGACGCUCAGUGUAGGAAGCUGGUUCCCGGCACCAAGGAGCACCAGAAAGUGCAAGAAGAGGUCUUGAAAGAGUACAAAAAGAUGAAACAACACAACCCCAACUACCAUGACGAGAAACAGCGCUGUGAAUACCUGCACAACAAGCUGGCCCACAUCAAGCGACUAAUAGCUGAUUUUGACCAGCGCAGAGCCCAGGCCUGGUGUUGAGAAGCCAGCACCGAUCAGUAUUGUGAACGGCGUGUCAAACCAGGGUGGGAGUGACCAAACCCGCUCUUAUUUAUUUAACGCCUCUUCAUUUCCUGUCCUUAUGUCCUUAUCUCUUUCUCUCUCUCUUCCUAUUCCUUUUAUCCUUCAUUCCUCCCUCUUUUCUUUGAUUCCACAGGCUCAUUAAUAGCCUGCAAUAUUGAAAAUCUCUUUUUUUUUUCCCCCCUGUGAUGAAUUUGGUCCUGUGGAAUUGAUGCCACUGGAUCAGCAGAAAGGAGCAGCCUGCUUGUGUGAAAUCUUCAGCUCUAACUUGUGAAGGACUCUCUUCAGACUAAAAGUAUUUUGAGCACCAGAGAGAAAAUAUUAACUUCUAUUUAAGUAAAAAAAAAAAAAAGAGGGAGAUCUAUUUAUUUUGAGACUCGUAUUGAAAGCAAGAGUUAGCAGAUGAUAUAUUGUUUAAUUUUUUUUUUCUCUUGAGCAAUGCAAAAAAAAAAAGGAGGAAAAAAAAGUGUAUACCACAAGCCUUAUGUGCUGAAUUUGUGAAGCCAUUUUUGCACGCAAGAUCCAUGCUUCUCAUUUAGCUGAGAUUGUUUUUUUUUUUUGUUUUUUUUCUUUCUGCUGCCUCGUUUUCCGCUACCCUCAAACAAAAACUGUACUGGAAAGACUGCUGCCGAAGCCGAGCGAGAAGGGAAGGAAACGAGGCAGUGGGGAGGAAUCGCAUAAGCUUUAUGAGAAGUAGCAAAACGUGUGCAUGGGUGGUAGAUAAUUAGUUGUGAAAAGAGGGGAGUGGUUGGGGAAACCAAAGGCUUGUGAUCCUGUGACACCUCUGGGUGGGUAAUGGGGGGGGGAGUAUUCUUUGCACCAAAUAAAAUUCACAAUGCCUUACGGCGUUUGCAUUUGGGAAAGUGGACUCGGGUCCACAGGCUAUGCAAAGGAACUACAACUGCCUGAAACGUGUUUGAGUGCGUGUGUGUGUGUGAAUGAGUGUAUGAUGAUGAUAGGAAGGGAUACGGAGUCUAGAAUGAGUGUGUGAGCGUACGGUUGUGAAUGAUAUGGAGAAUAAAAGUUAGAAACGUGGGGGAAAAAAACAACAAAACAAAACCCAAAAAAGAAGCUGCUAUAGUCUGUUUACCAGCCGGUGCACUCAGGAUCAUCCCGGCCGGAGACUCAGCACCUGAUCCUAGAAGUAGUGAUGCAAAAUGUCCCUUCCCCCUUCAGUAUUUUCUUUCUCAACCAUGGAAAGAAUCAUUUCCACCCCGUAUUUAUCCAGUGGCAAACAGUCUAUAUUUCAGUUUUUGAAAGAAGCCACCUCAUCCAACAGAGGACCCAUCUGUUCUUUGGGGGUUCCUUGUAUUUAAUUGUUGGUUUCAAAAGAUUUCAGUUUUGUAAAUUCCUCUGCAUUGAUGCAGGUUUGUUUUCAUGGAUUGAAUGGCUGGCUUCUGUUAUUUCUUUUUUUUUUUUUUUUUUUCUUCCCAACAAAGGAAAAGAAAUGUUUACAGACUUGUUGGAACGUUUGCCAAAGAUGAAAUGCCUUUCUGGUUCUGCUUCUAUGGAGUAAAGGUUCUGAUAGGAGAACAAGUUAAGGACAUAUUAAGACAACCGAUUUACAGAAUGAGUUGUCUGUUUAAAAAAAAUAAAAUAUUCAGAAAUGUGAAGAGGAUCAGCCUCUUCAUUAAAUCUUACAUUGGGCUACUAAGAGUUUGUCCCAUAUCGUUUCCACUGGGUGAUUUAAAUAACUUGGUUGUGGCAUUCUUUCCUUAGGGUCGGUCUCUGCAGCAGACUGGCUGUUUUGGUUUUCUGCCAGAAUCAGUAAAAAAAAAAAUAAAAAAAUCUCUUGACUUGUUUCCCCUUUUUGUUUACUUUUGACAGAAAUAUUAAAACCUGUAUGUUUAGAUCUCACACAGAUUUAGAUCACAUAAAUUACAUUUAUUGAAAAAGGUGAAUUCCUUGAGUUUAAAGCAUGCCUUUCUUUUUUUUCUUUUUUCUUUUAUCCCCGCCCCCCAAAAAAAAGUCUCCACUGUGUUGUCCUAUCGACUGAGUCGGCCUCUUCAGCAUUUCAAGGGUUUCUGUCCUAAUCAGAAAUUUUCUUGAGUUUGGUUAGAACAACAUGAGAUGGCCUAAUGUGACUUCAUGUAAUAAAGGGAUUUGACCAGUCUUAAUGAGCAAAAUAAAAAAUACCCAAGCAAAACAAGAAAAUUUGGACUGAAAUGUCAUCUUGCUCUCCUGAAAAUGUAAAAGACAUUUCAAUAAAAAUCAACUUGGUUUACAUGGAAA